AUGAUGUAUUGGGGUCCGGUUUUCGGGGCCGUUGUGCUGUUCGUUCUGUUGUCGCCGGGUCUGCUGAUUCAGAUUCCGGGUGGUAACUGGUACUUUGAGUUUGGAAACUUCAAGACUAGUGUGGUAUCCAUACUGGUUCAUUCUAUUAUAUAUUUUGGUUUCAUUUGCGUUUUCCUGUUGGCUAUUGGUGUUCAUAUGUAG